CAUUGCAUCGCAUAGCACAUCUCAAGCAAUUCCUAACAUCUGAGACUGAGAGUCAGAAUUCAGAACCCAAUUAAAAAUGGCUUCCUCUAAGCUUAGAAGCUCAUGUUCCUUUCCAAAUCUUGUCCUCUCAUGCUUGAAUUUCACUCUCUUUAUCCUUUCCUCAGCUUCUCUUGCUCCCAUUAUUCUACUGAGAAUGCCUCCAACUUCUAUGGGUAUGGCUUUCCUCAUGGUCUCUUGUGUUUCAUUGCUCUCCUCCUUUGUGGGCUUCUACUCUCAGCUCACCCACUUCUGUUUCAUAACCCACAUGUCACUUCUCCUUGGCUCGGCAAUUGGGCAAUUGCUUAGCAUAUUGGCCUUGUUUACAAAAGAGCAAUCCAGCCUUUCCUUGCUCAAGUCCAAAAGGGACCCCAAAGAGGCAAAGCUUUUGGUGAGGUUGGAAUGUGGGGUUUUGAUGGCAAUGUUUCUAAUGCAGUUGGUGGUGUUGGUACUGAGCUGUGCAGUGCACAGCUGUUGGCUGAGAGAAUAUGAGGGACUAGAAGCAGAAAGAGAGGCAAUGGCAAGGAAGAGGAGUAGGAGGAUAGCUAAAGUACAAGAGGAAUCCAUGUCUAAUGUAGCCAAGAUUUCAGAUGUUAAAGCUAAGGAAUUGGAUGACAAAAUGAAGAGCAAGUAUGGGCAGUGGGUAAAGACUGAUUUUGAAGGCUAAGGUUCAGGCACUUUCUUGGCUGCUUAUUCAUUAUCAAUGUUUAAAUGGGUCUAUAUAUGUAUAAUAGAGCGUUUCUCACUGUCUGUUACUGUUUCUGAAUCCUGGUUUCACUAUUGGUGUGGCCAUUGAGCGUGAAGUAGUGUGGAAUCUAUAGGCGGUUCUUUUGGUUUGUGUGGCAGUAAUGUAGUAUUGUGCCUAUUGCCUUGUGAAAGUUUUAAUGAUUCUCUGUUACUCUCCA